CCCCUCACUCCACCCGCCUCCAGCUCGAGCUGAACCGUCAUGGCGGAUUCCUCACUGGACGACAUCAUCAGGAGACGCGGGCUCCGCGUUAAAGGCCGACCGUCACCGAGUGCCAGGCCAGUUGUUGGUGGCAUUAAGUCACGGAUUGGAGAUCAGUUUGUAAACUUGAGUACGAGCUGGCCUGUCACUGGCUUUCAACGGACUUUUGAUGCACGGCAGAAGAUCGGCAUCACGGAUGCGCGACAGCGGUUAACAAUGAGAGACGCUCGAGAACGCCUGGGGCAGAAGGACAUGCGCUCAAAAAUAAUUGGGAGCGCCCCAAAGGUUCUCGACGCACGUGAAAUGAUCAAUUCAAGGAAGGGCCAGGAAGGAAAUGAGAAAGCGCCAGUGGUGAAGAAAGUAUUGGAUGCUCGGGAGCGACUGAGCGCCAGGAGAAGUGUUCCAGCAGCAUCCACCGCUCCAACAGAAGAAACCGUCAACACAGGAGGCAGGAUAACUAAAACAUUCCAAGUACCACAGAAAAGACCUGUUACUCCUGUGCUGUCUCAACCCUUGGGAAUGCGAAUCAAUGUGGUGAAUGACCAGAGCCCUAGCCAGGUGCGGCCCUUGACGGUGCGAGAUGGCGAACAGCCAAGGUGGCCGUGUCCGCGUCAGUGUCUGUGUUUGCAGCACAGUCGGAUAGAAUCUCCUUCCUCAUCCAUAGGGUUUCAGGUUCUUGAGGAAGAGGAGAUGGAAGAGGAGGAAGAGGAAAUCCUACAUUCGAUACCUGUGACAAACAAACCCAUGAAAAUUGGCACAGUGACAAACCACCUUACUCAGAAGAGGCCUGGGUUCACUGCCUCGAAGCUUUCUUUGGGAAAGACUGUUCCCCUGACAAAAGUGGUCCAGAAUGACACGUACACUGCUCCUCCACCGCCGCCUCUCACCCUCACACGCUCCAGACCGCCAGCAAAUGUAUCAAGAACAGCAGGACUAGCAGCAGGACUAGCAGCAGAGCAGGACCCGGCUGAUGAUGCGCUGCCUCUGGAGCUGAAUCUGAGUCCAUUAGAAGGGACAAAAAUGACCGUCAAUAAUCUUCAUCCUCGAGUGACUGAGGAGGACAUUGUGGAGUUGUUCUGUGUCUGUGGCGCUCUGAAGCGAGCCCGUCUGAUACAUCCAGGAGUGGCAGAAGUUGUCUUCGUCAGAAAGGAUGAUGCCAUCACCGCUUACAAGAAGUACAACAACAGAUGUUUGGAUGGUCAGCCAAUGAAAUGUAACCUUCAUGUAAAUGGAAAUGUCAUCACCUCAGAGCAGCCAAUCCUAUUGAGACUGAGUGAUACUCCGGUGCUGAAGAAAUCCGAGAUUCCCAGGGCUAAGCCUCGCCCGUCCAAUCAGCCACCGGCAGAGGUUGAUCCGGAGACUGUCCUGAAGGCGCUUUUCAAAUCCUCGGGCCCUUCAACAUCAGCCCAGCCCACCGCUUUCAAGAUUAAACUCUAACCUGCUCCAGUGAUGGCCGCCUCAGCACUCGACCAUAGCUCCGGCCCUCUGUGUGUCCAGUCGAUUCUUUUGUUUAACAAGGUUCUGCAAAAAAAAAGUUUCCCAAAUCGUU